UUUUUCAGGUGGAUAUGUAUAGGCAAAGCCUGAUAGAAAGAAUUCAUGAACACGCUACCACCUUGGCCGAAAAUGUGUUUGAUACUGGCACCGAAGUGUCUUUUGCGUAUGUCUUGGAAGAUGGAAAGUUCUUUAGAGGAAAGGUCAUUGCAGCCGAGUCUGGUAUAUAUCGUAUUUUUAUACCAGAUAUAGAGCGAACCGUUGAGAAAACAUACGCGUCGCUGGUACAUGCUGAUUUUGACAUUUUUGAUGAUAGCAACUGGCGAAUUGCACAGGAUAGCUUCAGUAUCAACAACAGCCAGAAAAGUAUAUAUUCCACUCCGAAAGAAAAUUGCUCAAUAGAUACCGGCAAUGAUCAGCACGUAAUGUCAGCAACGCAAACAGGACACAAUCAUAUCUCUUCCAUUAGAGAAGCAUCAAAAUUUUUGUCGAAACAACUGAAUGGAGUUAUUUCUUCCCAUAAUUUAAGUGAAAUUGAUUUCCUGCUGGACGAGGUGGCCACAAAAUUUCAACUCCACAUGGAACAAUUGCAGGUUCCGUUGCUGAAUAAAAUAGCAGCAACGAAUGACUCCAGCCUAAUUUUACAUGUUUUGAAAGAUUGGCCAUUUUCCGAAAAUGAGCUAUUGAAAACAAUGACAACUUAUUUUGAACGUAACCCCGACAGAAUACAAACGUCAGUAGGACUUAUCUACGAAUGCGCUCUCAAAGUUCUGGAUUCUGAAAAUCAAAUGCGUUUGAAAGUUAUCAUAGAUGAACUUCUCCUUAGGAACUUGAAAUUCAGAGAAGCGUUUAAACAACGAGUGAGCAGAAGAUUCCUGGAAGAAUUUGAUUGUCUUCAGUUGGACGAUGAAUGUGAAGAAAACUUGCUUCAAAAUGAAGGGUCCUCAACGAAAUGGCUGUGGGAAGAUAACACGGGCUUCAACGGAAGUUCAGGAUCAGGAAUCAGUGGACUGUCGAUAGCCUGAUUUAGAACCAUUUUAAAAGCAGAGGAAACUGCACAUCGCUAAUGUGAAUAUGCGAAAUGUGGAUAGAAAGAGUCAUGCGUGCAUGCUAAAGAGCUGUGCUCUUCUAUGAAACUUAUUUAGUUUUCGACUAGUGUAUACGAAGAAUAACUUCGCCUUUAUUCACUGCGCCAUAUUUUUUUCAUCUCCAUUGUGCUCAUUAUUAUUAUAAUUAGUCGAUAGUUUGUUCUAACACUUAAGAUGUUUUUUAGAUAGAAUAAUUUUUUUAAUUGUCAUGCCAAUCUACC